AAAAAAAGAAAAAGAAAAAAACUUUUGGAGGUUUUUCUACCAAAGUUCAUCCUUUUACUCUUUGAUGAGAAGGUUGUCUUAUCAAAAGCUCCAACAGGACUAAAUAGUGUGGUUUUUGACCUAAUCGAUUAAUUUGAUUAGAAUUAUUCGUAAAUUCCACGUAUUCCAUUUAAUUCGUUAUGAUUUUAGUUAUGGCGGACCGGUUGUUAGGUUAAAACGUGUCUAGUCUGAUUUAACUCUGUUACUCGUGAUUUCAUGCCCAAUUCAGCAGUGUCAGCUGAGUUUGGUAUGUUUUAACAAACCACGUUGUAUCGCUGCAAGCACGUGUUUGGUCACGAACGUGUAUCAGGCAAGCGCUCAUACAAACACGCGCGCGCACGGUAAUUGCUCACAGACAACUAGGCGCGAGACUAGACCGCAGUUUAUACGAGAGGCAUCGGCGACAGGCGAGCCCAUGGAGUUCGAGGAGUCGGGUAUUGGAGAGGAGUGCGGAGUCUUUGGGUGUGUCGCUGCGGGAGAGUGGCCCACACAGCUGGAGGUGGCUCAGGUCUUAACUUUGGGGUUGGUGGCGUUACAGCACAGGGGACAGGAAAGUGCUGGGAUUGUCACAAGUAAUGGAGCCAGUCCACCCACGUACACAGCACACAAGGGAAUGGGAUUAGUGAGCACCGCUUUUUCACCAGAGGCUCUCACUAAACUGCGCUAUGGUAACCUCGGCAUUUGCCACACACGCUAUUCAACCACUGGGAUCUCAGAGCUGCAGAACUGCCAGCCCUUUGUGGUGGAUACACUGCAUGGCAAGAUUGCUGUAGCACACAAUGGAGAGCUGGUUAAUGCCCAUGCCCUGCGGAAAAAGGUGAUGCGCCAUGGUGUCGGCCUCUCCACCAGCUCAGACAGUGAGCUCAUCACCCAGCUGCUGGCACUGACUCCACCUAUGGAGGAGCUAGACUCACCUGACUGGGUUGCCAGAAUUAAAAACCUCAUGACUGAAACGCCAACAUCAUACUCACUGCUGGUCAUGUUCAAAGAUGUAAUCUACGCAGUGCGUGACCCUUAUGGAAAUAGGCCACUGUGCAUUGGGCAGCUCGUUCCCAUCUCUAAACUGCACAAUCCAGCAGGCGCUCAAGAGGAAGACACUGAGGGGUGGGUUGUGUCAUCAGAGUCGUGCAGCUUCCAGUCGAUUGGUGCCAAGUACUACAGAGAGGUCUUGCCAGGAGAGAUAGUCCAGAUAUCCAGACAUGGUGUCAAAUCUCUGAGUGUUGUGCCCCGACCUGAGGGAGACCUCCCAGCCUUCUGCAUUUUUGAAUAUGUUUAUUUUGCCAGACCAGACUCUAUUUUCGAAGGGCAGAUGGUCUAUACUGCCAGACAGCGAUGUGGGCGGCAGUUGGCCAUCGAGUCUCCGACUGAUGCAGACGUUGUCAGCACUGUGCCAGAGUCUGCAACCCCUGCUGCUCUGGGCUACGCUGAGCAGUCUGGUCUUCCAUACAUUGAGGUUCUGUGUAAAAACCGCUAUGUUGGAAGAACUUUUAUCCAGCCAAACACCCGCUUGAGGCAGCUAGGAGUGGCCAAGAAGUUUGGAGCACUGACGGACAACUUUGCUGGGAAACGAGUGGUGCUCAUUGACGACUCCAUCGUCAGAGGCAACACAAUUUCCCCUAUUAUUAAGCUGCUGAAGGAAGCGGGUGCCAAAGAGGUCCACAUCAGGGUGGCUUCUCCACCAAUCAGGUUCCCUUGCUACAUGGGCAUCAACAUCCCAACCAAGGAGGAGCUCAUUGCCAACAAGCCGGAGUUUCAGGACAUUGCUGGUUAUAUUGGUGCUGACAGUGUUAAAUAUCUGACUGUGGAGGGCCUCGUAUCUGCUGUCCAGGAGGGUAUUGCUUUCCAUAUUGAAAAGGACAAAAUUAAUUCCAAUAACAAGUCCAACAGGAAAGUGGGCCACUGCACUGCCUGUCUGACUGGGAAAUAUCCAGUGGAGCUGGAGUGGUAACUGCUGCACCAACAGUAGCACUGUGGAUGGUGCUGCAAACUUUAAAUAAAAAAAAACCCCCUUGUUCUACAUAUGGUUUAUCUCAACAUUGCCAGCCGGAACACUAAGAUGUUGCACAACUACAGAAGGUUACUUUAUUCAGAACCCCAGGAAGCUAAAAGUGAUGCUUUUUCUCACCUGUGGUGGCUAAGCUUUUUUCUUUUCCUGUUCCUGGAUGUGACUAAUUCCAGGUGUGUAUUUCUUACCACACAAGUAUGUUUUUGUUUUGCAGCUGCAUUUAUUGAAAAGUAGAUUUCCACAUGUAUUCAAAGCAUUUACAAUGCCAGAAAAAGCGCACACGAUAAAUGACCAAAACAUUAAAUCAUCUUUAUUUCUGUUAUUUACUUAAGACUGUUUUGUUUGGGUUUUGGGCUGUUUGCUCAAAUUUGAACAAUACAGGAAUAUGAUGUAUGAAUAAUAAACAAUAACUACAAUGA